CAUGCUCGCCGCAGGAGUAGAGGAGAGGAGAAGGAGAGAAGCGGAGGAGCAGAGUAGCGGAGGUGCAGAGGAGCGGAGGAGCAAAGGAGCGGAGGAGGAGAGGAGCGGUGGGGCAGAGCAGCUGAGGAGGAGAGGAGCAGAGGAGGAGAGGAGCGGAGGAGGAGAGGAGCAGAGGAGGAGAAGAGCGGAGGAGCAGAGGAGCGGAGGAGGAGAGGAGCGGAGGAGCAGAGGAGCACCGGUGCAGAGGAGCAGAGGUGGAGAGAAGCGGAGUAGGAGAGAAGCAGAGGAGCAGAGGAGUGGAGGAGCAGAGGAGCAGAGGAGGAGAGGAGCGGCAGGGCAGAGGAGCGGAGGAGCAGAGGAGCUGAGGAGGAGAGGAGCAGAGGAGGAGAGGAAAGGAGGAGGAGAGGAGCAGAUGAGGAGAGGAGCGGAGGAAGAGAGGAGCGCCGGUGCAGAGGAACAGAGAAGGAGAGGAGCAAAGGAGAGAAGCAGAGGAGCAGAGGAGCGGAGGAGUAGAGGAGCGGAGGAGGAGAGGAGCGGCGGGGCAGAGGAGUGGAGGAGGAGAAGAGCGGAGGAGGGUAAGAACGGAGUAGGAGAGGAGCAGAGGAGGAGAAGAGCGGAGCAGGAGAGGAGCGGAGGAGCAGAGGUCCGGAGGAGGACAGGAGCGGAAGAGCAGAGGAGCGCACGUGCAGAGGAGCAGAGGAGGAGAGGAGCAGAGGAGCGGAGGAGCAGAGGAGCGGAGGAGAGGAGCGGCGGGGCAAAGGAGCUGAGGAGCAGAGGAGCGGUAGAGGAGAGGAGCGGCGGAGCAGAGGAGCGGAGGAGUGAAGGAGCAGAGGAGGAGAGGAGCGGAGGAGCAGAUGAGCGGAGGAGCAGAGGAGAGGAGCAGCAGAGGAGCAGAGGAGGAGAAACGCGGAGGAGGAGAGAAGCGGAGAAGGAGAGAAGCGGAGGAGCAGAGGAGCGGAGGAGCAGAGAAGCAGAGGAGGAGAGGAGCGGAGGAGGAGAGGAGUGGAGGCGCAGAGGAGCGGGGGAGCAGAGGAGCAGAGAAGCAGAGGAGCGGAGGAUAAGAGGAGCGAAGGAGGAGAGGAGUGGAAGAGCAGAGGAGCGGUGGAGCAGAGGAGCGGAGGAGGAGAGGAGCGGAGGAGCAGCGGAGCCUUUGUGCAGAGGAGCAGAGGAGGAGAGGAGCGGAGAAGGAGAGAAGCAGAGGAGCAGAGGAGUGGAGGAGCAGAGGAGUGGAGGAGGAGAGGAGCAACGGGGCAGAGGAGCGGAGGACCAGAGGAGCGGAGGAGGAGAGGAGCAAAGGAGGAGAGGAGCAGAGGAGCGGAGGAGCGGCGGAGAAGAGGAGGAGAGGAGUAGAGGAGCAGAGGAGCGGAGGAGCAGAGGAGCGGAGCAGCAGAGGAGCAGAGGAGGAGAGGAGCGGAGGAGGAGAGACGCAGAGAUGGAGAGAAGCGGAGGAGCAGAGGAGCGGAGGAGCAGAGGAGGAGAGGAGCGCAGGAGGAGAGGAGCGGAGGAGCAGAGGAGCGGGGGAGCAGAGGAGCGGAGAAACAGAGGAGCGGAGGAGAAGAGGAGCGAAGGAGGAGAGGAGCAGAGGAGCGGAGGAGCAGAGGAGCGGAGGAGGAGAGGAGCGGAAGAGGAGAGGAGCGGAGGAGCAGAGGAGCCCCUGUUGAGAGGAGCGGAAAAGGAGAGAAGCGGAGGAGCAGAGGAGCGGAGGAGCAGAGGAGCAGAGGAAGGAGCGGAAGAGCAGACGAGCGGAAGAGGAGAAGAGCGGAGGAGGAGAGGAGCAGAGGGGCAGAGGAGCGGAUUAGGAGAGGAGCGGAGGAGGAGAAGAGCGGAGGAGGAAAGGAGCGGAGGAGGAGAGGAGCCGAGGAGGAGAGCAGCGGAGGACCAGAGGUGCGGAGGAGCAGAGGAGCGGAGGAGCAGAGGAGCGGAGGAGGAGAGGAAUGGAGGAGGAGUUGAGCGGAGGAGAGGAGCAGAGGAUGAGAGGAGGGGAAAAUCAGAGGAGCGGAAGAGCAGAGGAAGCAGAGGAGCGGAGGAGGAGAGGAGUGGCGGGGCAGAGGAGCGGAGGAGGAGAGGAGUUGAGGACGAGAGGAGCGGAGGAGCAGAGGAUCGGGGGGGCAGAGGAGCGGAGAAGCAGAGGAGCGGAGGAGGAGAGGAGCGGAGGAGGAGAGGAGCGGAGGAGGAGAGGAGCGGAAGAGGAGAGGAGCGGAGGAGCAGAGGAGCGGAGGAGCAGAGGAGCGGAAGAGCAGAGGAGUGGAGGAGCAGAAGAGCGGAGGUAAAGAGUAUCAGAGGAGCAGAGGAUCGGAGGAGUAGAGGAGCGGCGGGGCAGAGGAGCAGAGGAGAAGAGGAGCGGAGAAGGAGAGGAGCGGAGCAGGAGAGGAGCAGAGGAGAAUAGGAGCCGAGGAGGAGAGGAGCGGAGGAGCAGAGGAUUGGAGGAGCUGAGGAGCAGAGGAGCAGAGGAGCAGAGGAGGAGAGGAGCGGAAGAGGAGA